UCAAUGUAAGUUUAAUAUGGUGCAGUACCAAAUUCUUAAGCAUUGGGAAAUGCUAUUGGAAAUGCUAUAGUUGGAUAAUUACAAUAAUAUGGAGCUUAAUUUUUUACUGCUGAUGUAAUGAAAAUAUCUUAUAUUAGCCAUUUGCAGGAGUAAAUUUUAUGCUUAUAGAUUAAAAACCAGAGUAAGUCAUCAAUAAUAAUUAAUAGUUGUAUAGAAUGUAUAUGUCCAUGUAUUGGUGAAAAGAAAAACAGUUAUCAGAUUUCAGUCUCUGAAUAAACAGGACUUCUUGCUUCAUAGUAGCUUGGGAUCAUCCAAGAGGAAUCCGAAUGUGCUUAAAGAUUCUUUUGUUAAUGUUGGAGAGCUUUAGAUCUAUUAUUCAUCAAUAAUUAAAAUCAAAUCAUGUUUAAAGCACAACGUAAUAGAGAAUAUUUAUUUUAGGAAUUUAUAAAGUUCCUUCAGUUUUAUGUUUACCAUGUGAGAGACCCGAAAUGGUUGUAUCUCGUGAUUCCGAAGUGAUAGGAUAUCUAAAAUAGCCAUUCAUGUGUUGUGGUAGAUCAGAGUAAUAUAUGAAAAUGAUAUCUAGAUGUCCUAUACCAAUUCUUGAAGAAAUUGAUAUUUGUGAUCCUUCAGGGAAUACAAGAUAUUUCAUUUCUGGUGAAUUUGUUUAAUGUGGUUGUAUAACAAGAAUGUGUGGUAUACCAAGAUGUACAGGUCCUUGUUAAUAUAUUGACUAUGACAUUUAUAAUCCUAUGAAAUAGAAAGUAGGAAGAAUUAGAAAUAUUUUUAAUGGAUGUGCAUAAGAAUAUUGUAGCAAAGCAGAUAAAUUUUUGGUUGAAUUUCCUCCUCAAUGCACUUCAUAGGAUAAAUGCCUAAUUCUUUUUGCUGCUAUCACAAUCGAUUAUGAUAACUUUGAAUAUACAUUUUGCAAUUUGCCUUGA